AUGGCUCCCGCCUCCGCCACCUCUCAAAAACCCGACGUGAAAAGCAAGAAGCACAACUCCCGAGCUUCGAGCACCUCCAAGACCGAGGCUGAGAGUUCUGUGCUCGAUGUGAAUGGCAAUGAGCCUACUUACUUGAAGGAGCUGCAAAAGAGCCUCCGCAACGCGGUCAAGAAGCUGAAUGCUACCGCUAAGACCGACGCCGUCAUCGCUGAGAACCCCGGCAAAUCCCUCGAUGAGCUCGUGGCCGAGAAGAAGAUCAAUGCCGACCAGAAGGCUCAGAUCCUGAAGAAGCCCGCCCUUCAGGCCCAGGUCGCGCAGAUCGAGGAACAAUUUGCUCAUUAUAAGGAGUUUGCUGCUCAAUACGAGGAGCGCCUGGCCACUCAGAAGGCCGCUCUGGAGAAGGCAUACCAGGAGGAGCUGGAGGCUGUGCGCGCAAACGCUGUCGCCGAUACAAUGGAGGCUGCUGCGAGGGAGCUGCGCCAACAACUGUUUACCCUCAGUAAGUUCCUGUGCGCCGCGGCCAAUUCCCGUCGCGCUGGUGAGACGGAGUCCAUUGAGAGUCGCGCUCUCGAAGGCGUGCUCUUCCAGGUGUACGCUGGAAAUCAGGAUGCUGUUUCUUCCAUGAUCAAGUUGAUCAAUGGUGCGGAUGAGAAGGUGCCCUCUGUCGAGGGUCCUGACCUGGAAUUCUCUUACGGAGACGUGAAGCAGGCAUGCAACAAGUACGCCCCCGAAGAGACCGAGGCCGUCGAAGCUCCUAUCGAGAAUACCACCGUCUCCGACCCUACGAUGACCAACGCUGGUCUCACCGAACUCCAAGACACCUCUGUCAGCGCUGUAGUGGCCGCCUCUGACACCAAUGCUCAGGCCAUCUCGAACGCGCCCGCUUCGCAGACCUUGGUCUCCGAUGCCGGCAACCAGGUCGCCGAGAACACAUAUGAUCCUAACGGCAUGGCCUCGUCCGCCACUACAGAUGGCUGGGUUGAGGUUCCUCGUGACCCCGCUGAGACCGACACUGGUCUCCAGGCCACUCUCGCAAACACAGAUACCCACAACGCGACUACCGAUGAUGCUAGCGCAGGCAAGGGACAACCCAACGGACGUGGUCGCGGACGCGGCGGCCGUGGUCGUGGAGAUGCUUCUCGUGGGCGCGCUCGAGGUGAGCGCGGCCGUGACAACCGAGGCCGGGGCGGACGUGGACGUGGUCGGCGCGGCGGUUCCAAUGGCUCUCCUUCGGUGACCCCGGGGCCGCAGGAGUGA